CAAAACCGUAAUUCCCCCCUCCAUAACCCUCUAUAAAAUCCCACAUUUCCUUCAAACCCUAAAUUGCAAAAACUAGCUUUGAGCGACUUCAUCUUCUACUUAGGGAAUGCAGAGAGAUGAGAGGAGAUUCGUUGUUGUCUAACCAAGGAAGGACCAAACGUCCAAUUGGCGGCAGAAACUGCCACCGAAAACACGUAGAAGACGGGUGAACCAAUCUCCAGAUAGAUUCACCCGACUCUAAAUUUAAUUCGACAGCGUCGAUUAAUUUUGUUUUUGUUUUAUUCUGUUUUUACUUUUAUUAAUCUGAAGCAUUGCCUAGAACAACACAUGGCGGCGAGUGACGACAAAAACAAUGGGGUUUUACACAGCAAGUACGAGCUGGGGCGCCAGCUCGGGCAUGGUACAUUUGCAAAAGUGUACCAUGCGAAAAACUUGCAUACGGGUACAAACGUAGCGAUGAAAGUUGUUGGAAAAGAAAAGGUUAUUAAGGUUGGAAUGACGGAUCAGAUCAAACGAGAGAUUUCGGUUAUGAAAAUGGUGAAGCAUCCGAAUAUAGUUGAGUUGUAUGAGGUUAUGGCGAGUAAAUCCAAGAUAUAUUUCGCUAUGGAGCUUGUUCGAGGCGGUGAGUUGUUUAGUAAGAUUGCGAAAGGGCGGUUGAGGGAAGAGGUUGCUAGGAGUUAUUUUCAGCAGCUGAUAUCGGCUGUUGAUUUUUGUCAUAGUCGUGGUGUGUAUCACCGAGAUCUGAAGCCGGAAAACUUGUUGCUGGAUGAUGAAGGUAAUUUGAAAGUGACGGAUUUUGGAUUGAGCGCGUUUUGUGAUCAUCUCCGACAGGAUGGGUUGUUGCACACCACGUGUGGAACUCCAGCGUACGUCGCACCGGAGAUCAUCGGAAAGAAAGGAUACGACGGUGCGAAAGCAGAUAUCUGGUCAUGUGGAGUGAUCCUCUACGUCCUUCUCGCCGGAUUCUUACCAUUCCAAGACGAAAACAUCGUCGCGAUGUAUCGAAAGAUCUACCGUGGCGAUUUCAAGUGUCCGCCAUGGUUCUCAUCGGACGCACGCCGCUUAAUCACAAAAAUGUUAGAUCCAAACCCAAGCACACGUAUCACAAUCUCAAAAAUCAUGGAAUCACCAUGGUUCAAAAAAUCCGCACCUAAAAACACAAAGUUUUCAAUAGAAGACGAAGUAAUACAAUCGAAAGGACUCGAAGCGAAAUCCCUCAACGCAUUUCACAUCAUUUCAUUAUCCGAAGGGUUCGAUUUGUCCCCGUUGUUUGAGGAGAAGAAGAGAGAACAAAAGGAGGAAAUGAGGUUUGCAACCACAGAGCCUGCGACCGCAGUUGUGUCUAAGCUGGAGGAAGUGGCUAAAUCGUCCAAGUUUAGCGUUAGAAAGAGCGGGGACGAAAGCAGUGUACGCCUGCAGGGACGUGAAAACGGUCGAAAAGGGAAGUUAGGGAUUGCGGCUGAGAUAUUCGCAGUAACGCCGUCGUUUCUGGUGGUGGAAGUGAAGAAGUCUAGUGGUGAUACAUUGGAGUAUAAUCAGUUCUGUAGCAAGGAGCUUAGGCCAGCUCUUAGAGAUAUUGUUUGGAGAUCUGCUGCUGGUCACUCUUUUCCUGCAUGAUUUAAUCAUAUUGUUGUUAAGUGUUUUUAAAUUUAAUUCUAUCAUGUAUGUGUUAUGUGUUUAAUUGAAUCAUUUUGUUAUUAGAAUUUAUUUAAUUAUGGAAUAUUGUUGUUAAUGUGACUUUAAA